GGGGGGGGGGCAGGAUGGGCGGCCGCCGGUGAAUUAACGGCGCCCGCGAGCUCGUGUCCCUGACACUGGGCCCCGGCGGGCGCGGGGGCGGGAGGAUGGUGCAGUCCUGUUCCGCCUACCGCUGCCGGAACCGAUACGACAAAGAGAAGCCCAUCUCCUUCCACAAGUUUCCUCUUACAAGACCCGAUCUUUGCAAGAAAUGGGAAGCCGCUGUUAAAAGGAAAAACUUCAAGCCAACCAAGUAUAGCAGCAUUUGUUCGGAACACUUUACUCCCGAUUGCUUUAAAAGGGAAUGCAACAACAAGCUUCUGAAAGAAAAUGCUGUGCCCACAAUAUUUUGUUAUACUGAACCCAGUGAAAAGUCUGAAGAAUUUGCAGAACAGCCAGAAGAUCCUCUACCGCCGCCUCCACCACCACCGCCGCCUCCACCACCACCGCCGCCACCAGCAGCAGCAGCAGCAGGUCCAGUACUACCGCCAUCUCCAUCAACUCCUUCUUUUCACUUAUCUCAAAUAGAUGCCAGAUUUGUAGAUCCAAGUAUUGGAUUAUUGAUGCCUCCUCUCCAGACCCCUAGCAAUCUUGCUGUUUUUUGUGAUCACAACUACACCGUAGAGGAUACAGUUCAUCAGCGAAAAAGAAUUCAGCAGCUGGAGGAACAAGUUGAAAAACUGCGGAAGAAGCUCAAGACAGCACAACAGCGAUGCCGGCGUCAGGAAAGACAAAUUGAAAAACUGAGAGAGAUUGUUCAGUUUCAGAAAGAAAAAGACAUAUUGGCAGGAAAAGGCUAUGUGAUUCUGCCCAAUGACUAUUUUGAAGUUGUAGAAGUACCUGCCUAGAAGUCAUGAACAUCAGUCAAGAAAUUUAGUAUGAAAAUGAAAUGCUUUCUAAUUCUGUGUGUAAGACUCCAGAAUUCUAAAUUGGUAAAUAAGCAGUCAUAAAAAUGAGACCACUUUUUUUCUUCACUAUCAUUUCAGUUUGAUACACUUUUAAUAUAUUGAAAAUGCAAGCAUCUCAGAAUUAGAAUAUGCAUUUACUUUACAAAAGCAAAAGAUGCAAGGCUGAAUAAAUUUAAAAUCUGUUGCGAUUGGUGGUUGGUUUUGGUUUGGUUUAUUCUUUACAGUGGCUUUCAUACUUACAGAGGAUGGGGAACUGAAUCUGGCUAGGAGUGAAGUUGAGGUUGUUGUACACUUAGUGCAAAGCUUUGUCAAGGCAUUUAAUAUUGGCUUUGAUGAUCCCCGGGAUCACUGAUUUCAGAGGAAGCAGAAUUAGGACAGCUAAGAACACCUGCAAGUGCUGCAGAAAGAUAGAGAAAGGUAAGACACAUAUUUGGGCCUGGGAAAACUUCCAAACUCUCUUAUGCCUUCAAAACACUGCAAAAAAUUAAUGCCUGGAUCCCUUUGAUGGGGUAUGUAAAUGAACCUCUUUUUCUGCAGUAACUUUUCACCUCGUGUGUUGUGAGGGGGAUCAGGAGAGUUCAUUAAGAUAGCUGAUGAGAGCUGUACAAGAGGCUUGUGUUCUGAGGGCACUUAAAAAUACCCCUGAAGUGCAGUGCUGCACUCAACACGUAUGUGGUUGGACUGUUGGCAGGAUCAUGAAGGCAGUGCACUCUUCAGGAUGACUGCUUUUCAAAAGUACACAGGUAAUGUGCAGUCCCCACUAUGUUUUGAGUGUGAUGUUCCCAUGAAUGCUAGCAGGUAUAACAUUGUCCUCGUCUUUGAGAUUGUUGGUCUUAACUCACAUCUCAACCAUGUGUACCUUCAGGACAUGGAGAAGUUUUUUCAGUUAUCCAGGGUGUCAGGCAUUUGUGACUUUCAAUGCAGUAUACUGUGAUUUUCUUUCUGUCUGUCUUUCUUUGCUCCCCAAAAGGCAUCCACCAAAGGGCGAUUAUGGAGUUAGACUUCGGGAAUUGCUUGAUGCUAGACUGGUUUUUAAUAUCUCAGAUGCUGCUGCCUCUCCUUCAGCCUUAUUAAGACUCUUUCUAAAAAUUAAUUUAGCAUGACAAAGUAGUGCAGCAGUUUGCACAUACUGUCUAAUUUGUUCAGUCAAUGAACUCAUUCAAAAUCAGAGAAAAUGACAUCAUGCUAACCCCACUGUAGUCUUCACAGCUGAAAUUCCUGGAUAUAUUAGACAUCAGGAAAAUGACUUUUCUCAGUCCACGUCAGACUCAUGUGUAGUGUGGAUUCGAGCUCUGAUAUUAUUCAAGCCCUGUUCAUGAUGGGUUUAAAAGCUUCCUUUAAUAUCCUCUUAGCAUGACAUUUUGAAAUGUUUUGAACCAGUCUUGCUACUUCUGACCUCACUCAUGCCAUGUAUCAACUUUCCCUGCCAUUUCAUAUACUUAAGGUGAACAAAAAUGCUGAUGCAUCCUUUUGUGUACACUUACUAUAACUGAUUAAAAAUACAAAGCAAAUGGUGUGUUGGAUUUUUAACUGCUCUCUCUCCGCUUUUCCCAGGACUUUGCCAAAACUAGCUUGACAUUCUGUAUCUUUUUUUCUAAAGUAGUUCCCUGGUUUAGCUGCUGGGUUUUUCUCACAGUGUCCCUCAGUCUUGUUGCUGUUAUGCUUUAUACUUAAAAUAAACCUGAAAGUGCUCAAAUGCAAAAA